AUGGCUAAACGACAGGCGAUAGAGCCAGUCUAUCGUACAUUACAAGACACUAUAGGUGUUAGUCUCCCAUUUGGUGGGAAGAUAAUGGUUAUGGGAGGUGACUUCAGUCAGGUGUUGCCGGUUAUUAAACGUGGCACUCGAGCACAGAUUGUAGACUCCAGCCUACAAAUGUCACCUCUUUGGUCUUUGACUAAAAAGAAGCGGUUGACCAUAAAUAUGAGAGUGCUUAAAGAUCCAUGGUUUUCUGAAUUUCUUUUAAGAGUCGGCGAUGGAACUGAAGAACCAAUCGAAGGAAAUUAUAUCCGCAUACCCGAUGACAUGACAAUUCAGUGCAACAAUAGAGAAAACUCUAUAAAAGAAUUGAUCAAUGUAAUCUUUCCAUCAAUUGAAGAUAACGUAUAUUCUUUGUAUUAUAUAAUCUCUAGAGCAACAUUGUCCACUAAAAAUGAGAGUGUUGACGAGAUUAAUAAUCAAAUGAUUGACAUUUUUCAAAGGGAGGAAAAAGUUUAUUACAGUUUUGACGAAGCUGAAGACGUUCAGCACAACUUCUAUCCGGUCGAAUUCUUACACUCGCUAAAUGUUUGUGGUUUGUCGCCUCAUAAGCUUCGUUUAAAAAUUGGAUGCCCAAUAAUAUUGUUACGGAAUAUCGAUCCAUCACAUGGCCCGUGUAAUGGCACACGGUUGAUAUAUAAAGGUUUCAUGCGAAAUGUUAUUGAUGCAAAAAUUGCAGUCGGUCAACAUGCUAGAAAAAAGAGGGUUUUUUUUUUUUUUUUUUGCCAAGAAUCCCUCUAA